AUGAGAGAAAUCCUCCACGUUCAAGCUGGUCAAUGUGGAAACCAAAUUGGAGGCAAGUUUUGGGAGGUUAUGUGUGAUGAACAUGGGAUAGAUGCCACUGGAAAUUAUGUAGGAAACUCUCAUCUUCAAAUUGAGAGGGUUAAUGUCUAUUACAAUGAAGCAAAUGGUGGACGAUAUGUCCCUCGAGCUGUGUUGAUGGAUCUUGAACCAGGAACCAUGGACAGCUUGCGUUCUGGUCCUUAUGGAAAAAUCUUUAGGCCUGAUAACUUUGUGUUUGGUCAAAAUGGAGCUGGAAACAACUGGGCUAAAGGGCAUUACACUGAGGGAGCUGAGCUUAUUGAUUCUGUUCUUGAUGUUGUUCGUAAAGAAGCUGAGAACUGUGACUGCUUGCAGGGCUUCCAAAUUUGUCAUUCACUGGGAGGUGGAACUGGGUCUGGAAUGGGUACCCUUCUAAUCUCAAAGAUCAGAGAAGAGUAUCCAGAUAGGAUGAUGUUAACUUUCUCAGUGUUCCCAUCCCCUAAGGUAUCUGACACCGUGGUUGAACCUUACAAUGCCACCCUCUCUGUUCAUCAACUAGUUGAGAAUGCAGACGAAUGCAUGGUCCUUGAUAAUGAGGCACUCUAUGAUAUCUGUUUCCGAACACUCAAGCUCACAAAUCCAAGUUUUGGUGAUCUGAACCAUUUGAUCUCAACAACAAUGAGUGGAGUAACAUGUUGCCUACGGUUUCCAGGACAACUAAACUCUGAUCUUCGGAAACUAGCUGUUAAUCUCAUCCCUUUCCCACGACUACACUUUUUCAUGGUUGGUUUUGCACCCUUAACAUCUCGGGGCUCACAACAGUACAGAGCCCUGACCAUUCCUGAACUGACACAACAAAUGUGGGAUGCAAGAAACAUGAUGUGUGCUGCAGACCCUAGACAUGGAAGGUACCUCACAGCCUCAGCAAUGUUCCGUGGCAAAAUGAGCACAAAAGAAGUGGAUCAACAAAUGAUAAACGUGCAGAAUAAGAACUCAUCCUACUUUGUGGAAUGGAUACCAAACAAUGUGAAAUCAAGUGUUUGUGAUAUCCCACCAACAGGGUUAUCAAUGUCCUCCACCUUCAUGGGAAAUUCCACAUCCAUUCAAGAGAUGUUUAGGCGUGUUUCGGAACAGUUCACUGUCAUGUUCAAGAGAAAGGCUUUCUUACAUUGGUACACUGCAGAGGGUAUGGAUGAAAUGGAGUUUACUGAGGCUGAGAGUAACAUGAAUGACUUGGUUGCUGAGUACCAACAGUAUCAAGAUGCAGCAGCAAUGGCAGAAGAUGAGGUUGAUGAAGAAGAAGAGGAAAACAUAGCUGCUUGACCAUGUGGUCAAAGGUCCCUUUUUGGGUCAUGUCAUGGCAAACUCUCUUCUCUGUGUGUAUAUAUAUAUGGUUAAUGGUUUUAUGGGUUGGUUUGGAAGUUGAAAGGUACAUUGAUAGAAUCUUGGGGCUCUCAUGAGAGUAAUAUUUAUCUGGAUUUUAUUUUGCUUUUUUCUUCU